AUGCUGCCACCGCCAAAGCAAUCCUGGUCUCACUCGACAUGUACCAUCGAUACACUAAAAAAUGCUUUGAGUGACGACAGUAUUACAGCAAUCGAAUCCGAUAUCUUGAUGGGCACUGUUGUAGAGUCUUCCGAUCCGUCAUCACAAUCAUCCACGUCUCAACCCAUCAUGGCACAUCCACCAGAUACCACCAGUGACUUGUCAUUUGAGAAAUUUAUAAAGCUCUCCUUGGAUGAAGGAGGCCAACUGAAGAAGCAUUUGAAACUGGAUAUUAAGGAAGCAGAAUGCAUUGGUCCAAUAUUGACUGCCCUAAAGAAACGUCCAAUUGCCAAGGACAGUCCACGAAUCAUUUAUUUCAAUGCCGACAUUCUACCGGGACCCGCUGUUCGAAGUUCAAAAUGCAUUGAAGCCAACAUGUUUAUUGAAAAGUGCUUGAAAUUCAUUCAACAAGAUGGCAAUCCUCAAAACUAUGCCUUUUCGUUAGGUUGGAAGACGGAUUGUCGGUCCUUCUUUGGGUACACACCGACGGAUGUUGCGGCCAUGCAAGAAUUGAUGGAACAGCACCAGCUCUCGGAAAAGUCGCUAGGAGUCGUUUUGGCAGUCAAUGCGCGGGUUUUGGCCAAACGGGUUGGUUGUUUUGACGAGCUACUGAAGUCAUUUCCUUCUUGUCAACUAUUGAUUUGGACCGGGACAGGAGAACCAGCGAUAUCAUCGUUUCUCCUCCAAUAUCUCAAGGGUCAUUACGAGUCGAUUGGCUAUAGUGGUCGUGUUGGUUUUGACUGUCAGGUCGAAUCGAAUCCGCUAAAAGGGAUCUUCGUAGAUGUUGCUGUCAAAGCAGUGAGUGUUUGGUGGAAUACAAAGAAAACCUUUCAAUUCACACUUGAAGCACUUUAUGGGGCUUCAUCAACAACUCCUAGAAUAAAGAAAAAUGACUGA